CAGGGUAGAUCACCGAGCAGUCAACGAAUCUAUUCGCCAACGGGCAACGGAAUAAAAGCCGGGUCCGGCGGUGCAUUGGACAAGUGUUUGGAUCACCUUCGAGGAAGCAACAACUCAACAUGAAACUUUUCAUCGCGCUCUCUGUUCUGGUGGCUGUGGCAUCGGCCCUGCCUCAAUUCGGCGGAAACGCCAACGCCAACGCGAAUGCUAAUGCCAAUGCCCAGGGCGGCCUUGGAGGUCGUCCUGGAUUCGGCGGUGGCCCAGGGUUUGGCGGUGGCCCAGGUUUCGGCGGUGGCCCAGGUUUCGGCGGUCGCCCAGGCUUUGGCGGUGGCCCAGGAUUCGGCGGUGGCCCAGGUUUCGGCGGUGGCCAAGGUUUCGGCGGUCGCCCAGGAUUCGGCGGUGGCCCAGGAUUCGGCGGUGGAUUUGGUGGAGGUCCUGGAUUUGGUGGUGGCUCAGGAUUCGGUGGUGGACGUCCUGCAGUCGGUGGCUCAUCUGCGGCCUCAGCCUCUUCCUCGGCAUCGGCUAGUGGUGGCGGACGUGGUGGCGCUGGAUCCGCUUCUGCAUCGUCAUCCGCCAAUGCCUCCGGAGGUGGACUGUACGGUUAGACCGAUCCAAACUAUACUGGUAUUUGGAGUUAAGCGAUAAGAAAUGACUGUGAAUAAAACCUAAAUAAAUUAAAAUUAUAUACAAGUAUUUGUCAUUCAAUCAUUUUUAUCAUUAAGGAGUUAUUUGUAAACAUAUUAUAGGUAAACGUGUUAAGCUAAAAAUUCAACAGUAGCAAUAGUCGAAUAGACGCGGAGUGAGAAAUAAAAAAAGUUGAACUAUUUGCUAGAAAACUAACGACAAAUUUUAAACGCAUUUAUUGAAAGGAGAUGUUAUAUUUUUGGCUCUUGUAGGCGUGCUUAUACAAAAGAUCAUUGCUAAAAUCUUUGAAUUAUAUUUU